UUAAUAUUUAUUUUUAAUAAAUCAAAACUUUUAAAUCAAUAAAAUAAAAAUGAAAUAAAACAACAGCGAAAAAGAAUAUUCAUAAGUAAGUGAAAAUAACCAAAUUGAAGAGAAAAGGUUUAAAACAUGGGAGUAUUUUUAAAAAUAAUUGCAUGAAAGUUAGACAUGCAUAAAUCAUUUAGAGAUAAAUUUAAGUUACUAAAAUUUAACUUAAACUAAACAUAAAUAAAUUGUUGAUUACAUAUAAUAAUAAUAAGAUUUAAGUUGUUUGUCUUUUUUAAUAAAUGAAAAAUAGAAAAAAUUGAGAUUAUUAAAUGCAAAACUUUUAGCUCAGAUAGAAACAAAUGUUACAUAUUCACCUUCUCUUUUAAUAUCAGACUCUUUAAAAAAAUUAAAGAAUUUAUCAUAAUUAUAAUUAGGUAUGAACUCUAACAAUGUUAAUAAUGAAGGAAUCAUAGCUAUUAUAUCUUCUAUUGAAAAUUAAUAUUAACUUACAUCAUUUUCUCUUGAAUUAGAAAAUAAUUAAAUUGAUUAGAUAGGAUUUAAAGCAAUUACUAGUGCAUUAUUCAAAUUGAAAAAUCUAAAUUUAUUAAAACUCAACUUAAAUAAUAAUAAGAUAUUAGAUGAAUCUUUAAAAGAUCUGGGAGAAUCUUUGGUUGAGUUAAAAAUGCUCAACAAUUUGAAUUUACAUCUAAAUUGCAAGCAUAGAUCUGAUUAUGGAAUACUUUUCUUAGGCUAGGCAUUAGAAAAAAUGUCAAAUUUAACUCAUUUAGAAUUAGAUAUUCACCAAAAAAUUUAUUAAAAGCUUGAAGAUGGGCUUGUAAAAUUGGCUUAAAGCCUAAAAUAUCUUGUUAAUCUUUAAUAAAUUAUACUUACUUUUUAAGAUUUUUCUAUAUCAGAAAUAGUGGCAUAGAAUCUAGGUACUUCAUUUUCAUAUAUGAAUAAUCUAACUGAUGUUACAUUAGGCCUUUAAAAUUGUGAACUUAGUGAUAAAUCUGCUGAAUUAACUUAAUCUGGAUUAAAUUAAUUAUAGUUUUUAAGAAAAUUAUAUUUAAAUCUUAGUAAAAAUUAAAUAGGUGAUUCUUAGCUCAAUCAAUUUUAAUUUAUGAAAAAUUUAUCAAAACUAGAAAAAUGCACUUUAAAGUUAGGUAGCUCCUUCAUUUCAAAUAUAGGGGCUUUAAGCUUAGCAAAUACCAUACAAAAUUUUACAUAACUAUAAACUUUAGACUUGAAUUUAUCUAAAUCAAAGAUUGAUAAUGAAGGUAUUUCCAUGAUUUCUAAGGCUUUGGAAAAACUAGAGAGCAUUAAUUAAUUAUCUCUUGAUUUUGAUUUUAUUGAAGUAGAAGAUUCUUCAUUAAAAUACCUCAGCUUUAGUAUAGAAAAGAUGAAAAAAUUGUAAAAAUUAUCUUUAGUUCUUAUAUCUAGCAAAAUAAGUGAUGAAUCAGUAAUUUAAUUAGGCCAAUCUAUUAAAAAUCUCAUAAAUUUAUAAAAAGUUAUGCUUUUUAUAUUCUCUUCUAAGACUACAAAUUUAAGCAACAACCUUUUAAUGUAAUCAUAUUCUAAACUGAAGAAUCUUAACACUUUAAUAACUACUCCUAAAUUAUGGCAGAGAUGUUCUUAUUUAAAAUUAAAAAGACUAUUCAAAAAUAGAUAGAAGAAACAAAUUUCAAUAAAAGAGAAUAGAUAGAAUUCAAAUCAGAAAUUGUAAAAAAUCAAAAAGGCUCAUAAUUUUUAAAUUGUUGAUUUUAAUUUAACCAAUUUUAAGCUAGUCUUAAUGUGAUCCUAUAAAAAAAUAAUUUCUGUAACUAAUCCAGUC